CGGCCUAAAUACCCACAAACACACGCGCCCUGCGACACAUAAACAUGAAAACCUCGCUGCUUUGUGCGUUGGUGGCGGUGGCCGCUCAACAGGCCGCUGUAGAAGGCUUCGUGUCCUCAUUCGCACCUAGGCAUGGGGUAAGCCAGCCCCAAGGCUCACGCUAUGGCACGUCCUCUGUGCGCAUGUUUUUUGGGGGGCCCAGCGGCGUGAUGCCGAAGCUAUACGAGGGCUGGUUCAAAAAGACGGGGCAAAUCGAGAAGGACAUCGUCGCCGGCGCCAAGUCGGCCCUAAGGACGGGCAAGCCGGUGGAGAUCUGUUUCUUCCCUGUGCCGAACCUGGAAGAGGUUCAAUUUGGAACGGCCACCAACAAGGCCUUCGGUACCGAGGUGGCCAAAGAUCUGGGCAUGGGCGAGUACAAGCCGGGAUCCACCAUCCGCACGUACCUCGUGCAGUACAGCAACAUUUACUGGGCCAAGAAGCUUGCAGAUGGUCUGGGAGGGACUUGCUGGGUGGCGACAUCUGACGGUCUCAAGAAAGACACCUCGGUCAUCAAGAAACCAGGAAAAGCAAAGUUCUGUAGCCUCCGGAAACCGGAGACUUUUGCGGCGAUGAAGAAAGGGGACACGGUCAUCGUAGUGGCACCAGGUCCCACGGCGGAGUGGGCUUCUUGCGCGCAGCGUUUCAAGGAGCAGAAGGUGAUCUUCUUGAACGCCCCUCUCAGCGAGACGUACGAUCUAGGAGGGCCCCUCAAAGACCUUGAGCAGGGCUACUACCUCAAGCGAGUGAGCAAGGGCUACGUGUUUCGAGUGUCUCCUAAACCUUGGGAGGCUUUGCUGGAGAAGCCGGGGGGCGGCCUGGAGAUCCUGGGCAAGUACAACGAGAAGCCUCUGCUGAGGAAUGUCGCCAAGGUUGUGCGCUCUGAGAGCAUGAAGCGCUUCGGCAUGUCCAACGACCGCUGGACUAACGACAAGAGGCUUGGCGGUCGCCUUUGAAAAAUGUGGGAGAGAGAGAUCUUGCUGGAGACAAACCCAUGUUUUCGGGUGGCCACUUCCGGUCAAGAUCGGUGGUGUAUGCCUAACAUGACAUCGGGCAUAUAAAUCG